AUGGAUCAGCAACAGUACUGCCUCAAGUGGAGCAACUAUUCAUCCAACCUGGCGGCGGCCUUUUCGAACCUGUUCGAUUCCGCCACCCUCACAGACGUCACGUUGGUUUGUGGAGGAACCGUAUUCAACGCUCACAAGGUCAUACUAGCGGCAUGUUCGAAAAACUUUGCCGACCUAUUUGAGCGGGCCCCGGUUGGCACCGGCCAGAUAUGCGUGAUGCUGGAAGCGACCUCCGCCGACAACAUGCACGCACUGCUCGAGUUUAUGUACAAAGGCGAGGUGCAUGUGUCACAGAAAGCGCUGGAAAGCUUUCUGAAGGCGGCUGAGAACUUGCAGGUCAAAGGACUCACCACCGAGCACGGUCGCUUUGCGAGCGCAAACGCCAGCCAACCGUCACAGUCGCCGUUCCACGGCCCACCGAACGAUCUGCCAUCACCUGCCAUCCGGCGCCAGCAGCGCAACAGCCUCUCGUCCUCGCUGGAAUCGAUCAACCGAGCGGUGAAGCGGGAAACCGACAGCAUAGUCGGCAGUGCCAGCAGCGGUGGCAACGGAUCGAGCCACGGCAGUGGUGGCGGUGCUGGUGCCGGCGGUGCCACGGGCAAUGCGGGCAGUGGGGCCGAUCGGGGCAGCGGUAACGAUCGCGGCAAUCGCGGCAACGAUCGAGGCGGUGAGAGUGGAGGUGUUGGAGGAGGUGGUGGUGGUGGUGGUGGCGGAGGAGGAGGCGGCGGUGGCGGAAACACACCGGCCUCUAGCUUCUCCCCGUACCUGCAACCGUCGUCCUAUCUGCCCGGAUCGUACGAGAACCGCAAACGAUCGCUGCGAAGUCCGUUCUACGAGCAUCAGGAGGCGACGCGGGACAGCGUGUUGCGGGACGGGAAGGCAAGCGCAGGCAAUGGCAGCCCGGUCAGUGGCAGCAAAAACUAUCGACCGUCCAGCAGUGGCUCAUCGGCGACGCCGACGGAGGCGGACACCAUACACACGGAUCGGGAUUCACCGCAACAGUCCAAUCGGUACGAAAAUCAUAGUCCCAGCACAACCCAUGGCCACGGAAACGGACCGGUAUCGUCUAACACGAUGGACCGCGAGGAACGCAACGAUCACAACGGCUCGGUGGAUCACAAAGUGAAACACGAAAGUCGGGAAGGCAACGAGGCUGGCGCGGAAGAUCUGCGCGUCAAGAUGGAAAUGCGACCGAUACAGUCCCCGCUCCGAUCGUCGGCCCCGUCCACACCGACGACACCGAUCGGCUUCAUCAACGUGAAGGGCGGGCUGGAGGCGGCGAUACCGUCCGUCGACAUGUUGGGCAUGAUCAGCACACCGCGAGAGAGCGUCACGACGGCAGAUGGUUUACUGUGCGUUCCAGGCAAAAAGCUACAGUGCCCGCUGUGCGACCGGCAGUACGGCUACGAGACGAACCUGCGGGCGCACAUACGCCAGCGGCAUCAGGGAAUACGCGUGCCAUGCCCGUACUGUAGUCGAACGUUCACCCGCAACAACACGGUCAGAAGGCACAUCGCCCGGGAGCACAAGCAGCAGACGCAGUUCAUGCCGAGCCAGCUGCACAGCUAAGUGCGCCAAGCCCCGCUGUAGGACGUCGAAUUUGCUGCUGCCCGGUCCUGUCUCUUUCCUCCUCUCUCCCACCUGAUCCCCGAGGAACGUUUUUUCCCAAAUCUCCUUUCACCCCAUCCCCCCCCCCCCUCGUCCUCCGUGGCCCAGUUGUGCGGAUCAUCCGUCACUCGAUCGGCCGUGCUGAUUGGACCGUUGUUGUUCCUAUAACAUUAGUAAAAAACGAAUUGUUGCAUUGUCGCAUUUGUAGCCAUACCUCAGAGUCCCGUUCGCCUUUGAACGCCAUCCAAAGAUAUCGAUACCGUGCGGAGGCCGCGGAAGAGCCGGGCUCGCCCGCCCGCUUUCCCUGUUGUACAUCGGCAGCCAUGAUGGAGCAGCACUCCAGCGAGACACACCUGUUGUGUUGUGUUGCCGAAUAGCAGGGAGUUUCGUUUUUGAUUUCCAUCGUCAGCAUUAGCGUCAUCAAUGUACGAGCCGUAGCCGUUUGGUGAGCAGUAGCCGCAUCAUUUAGUUGGGGUAGCUGCUUCCAAUGUAAGAUGGUACAAUAUGCUGUAACAGCGAUCGCAUGAUCACAUCAGAUAUGGGACUCGAUGUUAGAAGAGAGAAUGUAUCCACAAUAUCAGCUGAAUUAAACAUUUGCAAGAUGAGGUCGAUUGUUUCUCGGGCAGUGUGCGAUGGGUGCAUCUCAUCGGAAUAGUUAAGCGGGGGAAGAGACGUCCGUACGUAUCCUGUUUACGUAUGCGAUGAACGAUUUGCAAGAAGGUGAAGGUGAAAGCUAAGCUAUAAUAACUUGAAAUGGAUUUGUAGAACACUGAUUGGAGUGAACGGACGCCGUAUACAUAGUUUUGAAUUCACAUCUAGAAAACCCAGAACUCAUCGGACCUACUAACUGCUGGAACCUUCCGAUACUGGAAAUAUGAACUACAUAGGAAAGACAAUUUAUUUAAAUAGCAACAGUGAAAUUCAAUUUGUUUACUGCUAAAGAGUAACCGGAGUACUCGCUCGCCUUAUGAAUUCGAAUCAAUAAUUUUUUUUUCAUUUUUGUACCUCUAUUUUCUUCACACCUCCAUUAACAUCGGGUAUACGCUGUCACAAAACCCCGAUUUCAUAGAAAAAAAAAAACAAAAUCAACUAGCAUCCUCUAUAACUGCAACAUUGAUUUUCUUUACCACUCUGCAACAAGCCAGCAAUGGUGGACACAACAAUAGCUUUAAUUUGCCAGUAUUUGGCAACUUGUCGACAGACUACCGAUGUUCCGCGGAUGAGGCGAACACACCUCAUCCUCCUCCUCACACGCACGUUUGCACAUGCAGAGCAGCGACAUGCUUUAAUUUUUGCAACAUCUAUAACUCAGCAAAUACAAUCACCACAAGUGUCAUUAAUCAUCAAUUAACUUGAAUGUGGAGGAUCGUUUCUCUUUCUACGAGACCGAUUAAGUGGAAACCCCAACCAGAGGUUACUAACAAGAAUCUUGCUUACGUUGCCCAUACACACACACACAUACACAUAUAAACACACAAACACAGAGCCACAGACAGUAACGAUGAACCUUUACCGACAUACAUAUAGAUAGAACGAGAGGAAGGAAGAAGGUAGAGUAAUAGAAAAUAAUAGAUGAUAGAAGCUUACUAUUUUGUUUAUGUUUUACUUGUUUUGUUUCCUAAUUAAAACUCACUAUAUAGAACACACCAACGGCCACACACACACGGCAAUUGUAUUUGUUGUUGUUGUUGUUGUUGGUUGUUGUUUUAUGUACUCUAGUAUCAGAUUUGCAUUUCCUUUGAAAUGGCGAACGACUCACUUCAUACGAUUACCGAUUGUUUGAUUUCGAUUGUUUCGUCGUUUCGCUUUUUGAAUAGUGGUUUAGUUUUUGAACCCUCUCUCCGCUCUCCCAGCAGCAAGGGGGUUGUUUGAUAAGGGGUGUGUGGGUUAAAGGGGGAAUGUACGAAGAUCGAAGAAUUGGAAGUACACAUUACACAGUAACAAUGUACAUGGAUAUCUUAAAUCUUGUAAUAGUAUCAUAUAUAAUUUAACAAGGAACAACAAAACAACGCAAUGUGGGAGGGGGUGUGGGAGAGGUAAAGCAUACUUUUUUAAUGAAUAAUACACAUGUACCUGCUGAUAAAGAAAUAGGGAAUCAGAUAUAGGAGAGUUGAAAUCGAUAGCUUAAUGAGAAAUAUUUAACUAUGCAUAUAUAUGAAAGUAUAUUUAAACCUAAUCUACAAAACCCACAUUACAACACACAUGUACUUGAAGAAGAAGAAGAAGAAGAAGAAGAAGGACAGAAGUGGUCAGGCGGCCAAUGCCGGAAGGGGGUAAUGCCCGGCUGGCUGGCAGCUGGUAGUGGCAAAGUUGUGUGGCUGAACAGUGUGAGACGCAAAAGACAUUUAAUCCUUUCAGGUGGACGCCUUUCGCCUGACAAUGACGACGAGACGAUGACGAUGACGCGCGAUCGCGCAUUACUCGCCAUUACCAAUCUGGCACGAGUCUCAAUCAAAUAUCGUGCGAUAGCGAUUAACAAUUAAUUCAUGCAAGGAGAAGAUUCUUCCGCCUAUAGGGGAUGGCUGACCCACUUUGGUUAGUGGUGGCGGCCACGGCCUACAGCGGAGGGAUCUUUUGCCCAACAACAACCAAUUCUUCAAUAGAAGAGCAAACCUAAUGGAACAACAUGCAAUGGAAACUUGGUGCCUAUUAAAUAGACGAUUCUAGUUUAAACAGUACUCUUACUAAUAGUAAUAUUUCCGCAACUACUGCUACUACUUCCUCUAUGAAUGGUUAUAGUACUUCCUCCGAUCGUACAAUACAGGUGCGUUUUUUUAUCGUUUUCUGCGACAUCUUAAAUGACAUGCAUCUAUAAUUUCAUACUAUUGCCAUCAUCCCCGCCUAACCCCGUAACUCACUACAAUAGAUAAACGGAACCAUUAAAAUGAUCUCAUUUUUAUAGCAAUUACUGAUUUAGUUACCACUAUUUAUCCCAUCCCCGCAAUUCUAGAUGUCCUUCUCUAGCAAUAUCAAAGAAAAUACCGUUCCCAUACUUAAUUCUUCGCGCGUCUCGUUUCACCACCCCGGCCAUUUGGUCCAUUUUCACUGCAGUAAGAGUGGUCAGAUUCUACCAAUCCUUUUCAAGUUAUUAGCCGAAGUUGUUCAGCACACGUACUAUCGGGCUUCGGUUCUCCGGUUUUACGGGGCACGGAGCAUUCGUCUCAUGCUGGACAAAUUGGACGCGAGAGUGGGGAAGAAGAUCUUGCACGGGAGAGAAACAAAGAAACAAUCCAAUCUCAAUCGUUAACACAUAACAAACGCACGCACACAAAGAGCAGCAACAUUCGACGUGAGCGUCACGUGUGUGUGUGUGUGAGUGUGUUGUGACGUGUGACAAGAAAAAGUGUGUUGAGCACACGGUGCCAGCUGAAGUAGUUAAAAUGUGAACGUUGCCGUGAGCACGUUAAGAAGAGCCUUUGCAUAAUGUGCGUUACAAAGUAGAGGCAAGCGAACGCAUGAGCUAGACAAUUGGAUGAAGAAAGGUAAUUGCAGUGUUUAAUUGGUGCAAAUAUGUUUAACGUGUAAUAGCAAUACCAAGCCGGAAGAACGAACAAAACACGAAAUAUGUGCGCCGAGAGCAUUCGUUUUCAGCAUGGGUGGAGUUCCGCAUGAUUUUCUGUAUAAUUUGUAUUGUUUUUUUAAAGAGCUACCAUUUUUACCGUUAUAAACAAACAACCGAAGUUACCGAAGCAACAUGAAAAUACCGGAAGGUACAUUAGAGAGGCAAAACAGUAAUUGAAAAGAUGCUAUCAAUGUUUGCUAUAUUAUACCGUAGUAUAACACACAGAGAGAAUUUUAUUUUGUGUUUUUUUUUCUUUUAGUUUUGUUUUUCGCAUACAAUAGCUUUAGUAAGGAGUUUUGUUUGAUGAGUUUUCUCAUGCUUUCGUUUGGACCACGGUAAACCCGUGAUGCGGAGGCAAGUGUUUUUGUUUCCAUUCGAGCGAAUUAGUUUUACGUACCAAACUCCUGGGACACACCCACUGAACAUGAAAAGAAUAUGCGCGAAACAAGUAAAUAUGCUUCCCUCGGAACCCUUCCCUUAAGUAUGACGUCAAACGCUUAACAAUGAAAUAGAAUCCGUUAGUUCAAUUUUUAAAGAAGAAUCAAUAUAGUUAAACACAGUCUCACAGUUGAGGAAACGGUGAUCGGUCAUCACCGGUAUUGAUAAUAGUUGUAAUAAGCACACACGAGUACCCGAACGCGGGUAAGCGACCGCAAUAAGACAAAUCUGAACGCAGCAGCAGCAGCAGCACCAGCAACCCCGCCGCUAACGCCGGGCUGUGGUGCGUGUGCUUGCCACCAAGCAGAAUUGUGUUUCUUGUUAAAAACAAAUAGCCUGUUUCUGUUUCUAGUGCUACAAACUGUACUGUUUGAUUUUUUGAAUGCACAUUUGUCCCUUAUCCUUAUAAAACUGUUUACUCAACCUGUUAUAAACAAAACGUAACAUGAGGAGGAGCUAUAGGUAUAAUCAAAGAUAUCAAACGUUUGAUAUUUGCAAGCAAUUUACAUGCAGACGAAAGACAACUGCCAAUGAAAACGGGUCUAUUUUUUCCGCUGAGUCGCAUUUCACCGUGCGCAGCACCACCGUACGUAUAUUAAAAGAAAUGGUAAUUUUGUUUUGUUUUUAUACACUUGUCUUAACGACAACACACACCGCUAGGUAUUAUUCGUUUUUAUUGUAUGGUGUAAAAGUUUUACUUCUUUUGAGUUUUUCAUCCAUUUACACACACAAUCUGUACAACUGGUUUCUUCCAAAGCGAAAUGCGUAGCAAAACAAAAAACAAAAACAAAACUAAGAUUAGUCGUGAUGAUAUAACAGAGAGAAAGAAGUAAAACACACAAAAACAUGGAAACGAAACUCGAAACAUUAAAGAAGAAAAAAGAAACAUUAACCCCCUAUACACCAGCGACAUAACAUAAGCCGAACAUAAAUGAAAGCAAAAUAGAUAAAAAAGAAAGAGAACGAGGCAGAGAGAACGAGAGGAUGGAAAAUACAUAAAAUAAUAAUAAUAACGUAGAAAUAUGAACACGAAUGAAAACAAAAAGAAUGAACACUGAAAUCAACUACCUCCACACGUACUGUAGAAAUAGUGAAAUAGAGUGCGUUUAGCAGUAAACGCCAUUUUAUGUUAAUUUUUAAAUAGCUCUUGAUUUUAAGCAAUAAGGCAACGUAAUAGUCAAAAUCAAUAAUUAUUACGUACUUCUUCAAAGACAUUUACAAAUCAGGUAUAAAAUACAAUGCAAGAAUAAACGACAGCAACAGUAGAGCGACAGGCGGCGACGCGUCUGGAAGGUGAUGCAAAAACAGCAGUUAAAGAUGCACAUGAAAGGCGAAACUAUAUAACAAGAUAUAUUUUCAGUGUGUAGUAGUAACACACACACAACAUCCCCUGCCAUCAGCCCAUCUUAAGAGUAGCAUUUACUUUUAACACCCAACACACUAUCCACAGCAGUUUGGCAUAUGUUUUCAGCAAAAGAAAGAGAACCAAAACAUUAACAGUUGAAAAGCUCGGAAGAACAAAAGCAAUUUUAUUAUUUCGAUUUCGUUUUGCAAAGCACAUUAUUUGCUGAGAAUAAAAAAAAACACAAUCGUUUGGACAAACAAAACUAUAUGUCAAGGCUGCUAGAAAACCCAGUAGGAGAGAGAAAACUAAAGAUGUCAAAAUUUCGUUUUGGCACGAUGGAAUGGAUAAACAUGUUUUGGCUGGCACUAAAAGCUCGUAUCUAUGGAAAAUCUACAUAAGUAAGUCACUACCAGUUGGCGAAAGAUAAAGAGAGAAAGGAAAAAGGCAAACGGUUUGGCAAAAGGAUAAAAUUAAAAAUCAUAACAGAAGCAUAACACACACUGCACGGCGAUACCCCCUUUUUUAACAUGAUGCACACAAUCGAGGAAGCAGAUGAGAGAACAAGAUUUGGGCGGCAAAAUUAACGACAUAGAAGCGUGUGACAGGAAGGAACAAAUGGAACAUGAGCCAUGGAACGAGUGGAAAAAUUGAAUGAAUGCAAAAUUGCUAAUGAAGCGUUUUGGAAAUGAUGCGAACAUGAUAAAAAGCAAGCUAAAAAAGAACUUCUAAAUUAACGAAAGCAAAUAAUGUUGAUAAACAAACAAAAGAAACAAAAAACGUAACACAUAUUCGAUUGCAUGCGAAAAGGAAUGGCGUAGUAAGUGCGAGCACUUUAAAACAUUAGCUAUUAAGCCACUUCCCCCCGACGACGGCCAUGCGUCAAAAGGUAGGACGGAAUAAUCUCAUGUAAAUAGAGGUAAAUUUACUCGCGUAAAUUUGCACCGUGCAGCGCGAAACCGAUGGGCAAGUGUGCGACUGCGCGGCUGGCGCUACGGAAGGGAUGAAGCUCACGUUCUCGUCGCUCGAGGGCCCGCAUGAUUUGAUCGUCAUCAUCCAGUACAACUUAACAAGAAAAUAAAAAGAGGGGAAAAAAUCAAGAGAAACGGAAGCAAAUGCAGAAGCUAUAAAAUAGCUUGAAGAAUAAAAUUUAAUGAAAUUAAAUUUUGGCAGUAAAGAGAAUGCAGGAUAAUGGGUUUUAGAUGUUAGGUGGCAUAGGUCAGCGCAAAUCCUCUGAACUAACUGCGAGAGGUGGUAGAACGUGAACAAACAUUAAAAAAAGCAAGCAAAAACGCUAAUUGUACUGUGGAAGCAAAAUUUAGUCAGUGAUGUACAUUUAGAGAGCAAAAAAUGGAAAGCCAUGAAAGCAACACGUUUGCUCGUGGUGGGUUAUUAUGUGUACACGGGUGUUUGGUAAAUGAUAGACGGCGAAGAAGAUUUCGAACCUUCAGAAACACCUGCACACCCCCAACACAUGACAGUGGUUCAAUUUCGAUAAUACGUACGGAAAAAUGUACACAAGGAAGAUAUAUAAUAUGCAUCAUGGACAUGAAGAUUGUUGGUAUAAAUACAGCAAAAAAAAAAAGAGAAAGAGAGCAGCACUUUUCCCCUUUUUUGGCAAAUUGAUGUAGAAAAGAAAAUGAAGCAAGAAAAAUGAUAUGUAAAACGGUGUAAGAGAAAUCUCAACACACAUCUGUAAGCGACGUGUUUUUGUUGGGUAUCUCUGAAGCUAAAUUGUACAUACAAAAAAAAUAAUAUGUGAAAAAUUUAACGUUUUUGGAAACAGUAGAAUUGUGUAAAUUCCUAAUGUUUGGCGCAAAAAUGAAAAACAAAGCAACAAGAAAUAAAAAGUGCGUACAAUGCGUUUCGGUGAAUAUAAAAAAAAACAAAAACAAAUACGAAAAAACGACAAAAUUGAGUUCUGAAGCAAAAGUAAGAAAACAAAACAGAAGGAAACGACAAACUACUUUGUCGAUGUGUAACUGAAGAAAAAUACAGCAACACACAAACAAAACACUCAGUCCGUGAGAGAGAGAGAGAGAGAGAGAGAGAGAAAGAGAGAGAGAGAGAGAGAGAGAGAGAGAGAGAGAGAGAGAGAGAGAGAGAGAGAGAGAGAGAGAGAGCUCGUGAUCCGUGCGAAGCGAAUCCUGUCGUCAACCUAACAA